CGCAGUGAGACCCAGACUCGCCCACGACGCACGCUUCCUGCCUGCUGCCUGUUGUGCACUGCUGCGAGCAUCAACCGACCAGCCAGAGAGCCAACCACAACAACACACAACGCACACCUCUCAUUCUCUUCGCGCUGCCCACAACAACAACGAUGAUGGCUACGAUGAUGAUGUUGCAAAGACGCGCGAUGAUGGCCUUCGUUCGUCCAAGCAGGGCAAUGGCCAUUGUUGCCUCACACCCUGGUCCAUCCAACAACCUGCAAGCUUCCAGCGUGACCUCGGAAGUCUCACACAGCCAAGUUGCGGAGAUCAGGGCGCUGGCGGCGCGCACGGGCGAAAAGUUCAAGGAUGAAAAGCUGCUGCUGCAGGCACUGACACACCGCACCUACGACGGCUACGCACACAACGGCCGCCUCAGCUUGCUCGGCGAGACUGUGCUGUCACAGAGUGUUGUUGAGCACCUGUAUUUUAACUUCCCCAACUUGUACAGCACCGCCAUCAAGAGCGUGCGGGACCGGUUUCUGUCUGCGGAUGUCCUUGGUCCUAUUGGUCGCAAGCUCGGUUUCCAAGACGCCCUUCUCUACAAACACGCGGAGGAGGGCGAGGCGGUGAAGGCUGCCAAGCCAUUUGAGCACAACAAGCGCGCCAAGUACCAUGUUGACCCUGUCCCGCCCCAGAAGAUUCCCGCCUCUGCCGUCGCCGCCGCCUUCAAGGCGUUUGUUGGCGCCCUCUACGUCGACCAGGGUGCGCUGCAAGCCAAGCGCUACGUCAAGGAUUUCGUCGUGCACACCCUCGAGAACUCUGACCUGUCUGAGUUCAUCAAGCUCGAGCAUCCUCGCCGUGUGCUGCAGCGCCUGCACGCCGCAUCUGGCCGCGAGCCCCUUGCAUACAGGGUGAUUGAGGAGAGUGGCCGCGCCACCCACAUGCCCACCUUCCUUGUCGGCGUCUUUGCUGGCAACCAGAAACUCGCAACAGGUGCCGGGUACAGCCUGCAGUUGGCCAAGGCCGAGGCCGCCCGCGCCGCUCUCCGCGCACACUACCUCGAGGAGAUGGCGGCAGCACCGCUGUCCUUUGACUCUGACGACUACAUGCCAGAGGAUGAGGUGUCUGAAGUGAACAACUCCAGCUUGCCCGAGCCCAACACCACAGCGUAAUCGCCGCCAACGCCAAGUGUUUCGCUGUGGCUGAGUGCGCCUGUGCACGUAUUAGCGUACUUUGUCGCUUUCCAUUGUUUGUUUGUUCGUGUGUGUGUGUGUGUGUGUGUGUGUCUGUGUCUGUGUCUGUCUGUCUGUCUGUGUCUGUGCGUGUGUGUCUGUGUCUGUGUCUGUGUCUGUCUUGUCUGUGUGUGUGUGUGUGUGUGUGUGUGUGUGUGUGUGUGUGUGUGUGUGUGUGUGUGUGUGCGUCUGCGUCUGCGUGUCUGUCUGUCUGCCGAUGCUUGUUCUUGCUUGUCUGUCCACAGUUUCCUUGGUUUUGCUGAAAGUACACCGGCACUACCAGC